AUGGCUUUAACCAAUUUUUUACGUCAGUCUUCACCUCCGACAAAAGUUCUUCACCUCUUUUCACUCCCUCUAGUUCAGCUUCUAACUCUCUUGACUCAUUAAAUGUAUCUGAAUCCGAUGUUCAGUAUUUGUUUUCCAAUUUGUCACCCUCUAAGGCUACUAGUCCUGAUGGCAUUCCAGCUUACCUUCUAAAGCGAUGUUCUGAGGUAAUUGCCCCUUCUUUACUGCUCUCUUUUGAGUUAUCUCUUCAGCAGGGUGUUUUUCCUUCUGAAUGGAAAGCUGCUAAUGUCGUGCCUAUACCCAAAAAGGGUGACACUCAUGAGGUCACGAACUACAGACCAGUUUCCUUACUCUCUCAAGUCUCAAAAGUUCUCGAACGUUUAAUUUUCAGGCAGGUUUCUUCUUUUGUUGAAAACUCCUUGUACGACCUUCAACACAGCUUUAGUUGUAAAAGGUUGUGUGUUACUCAACUUUUGAGUGUACUUCGCGACCUUGGUCGUACUCUUGACUCUGGAAAGGAAACAGACCUGAUUUAUCUCGACUUUGCUAAAGCGUUUGACUCAGUGUCCCAUAGCAAACUUUUGUUCAAACUUAAAUCGUUUGGAAUCUCAGGUCCACUUCUUAACUGGUUUGCUGAUUACCUUCGUGAUCGCAAACAGUGUGUUGUCGUUGAAGGAGCUUCCUCAUCGUUUCUUAAUGUUACCUCUGGGGUGCCACAAGGUAGUGUAAUAGGUCCCCUUUUAUUCAUUCUUUAUGUAAAUGACCUUCCCGAGGUAACCAAUAAUAGUACCGUUGCACUUUUUGCUGAUGACAGCAAGUGUUAUCGUGCUAUACGAUCACCAGUUGAUUGUGGUCUCCUUCAGCUCGACCUGGACGCUAUGUCCAACUGGUCACUUAACUGGAAAAUGAAAUUUAAUGUCUCGAAGACGUUCCUACUUAGGAUAUCCCGCAAACGUAACCCUUCAACUCAUUGCUACUUUCUUAACAACGAUCCAGUUAAGAGCAUAGCUAACCAAGUAGACUUGGGUGUUGUUAUCAGCAAUGACCUAAAGUGGUCCCCUCACAUCGCCAGCUGCACUGCAAAAGCCAAUCGUAUGCUUGGUUUUCUUCGUAGGAAUUGUACGCAAAUGUCUGAUAUUCGCUGCCGUAGGCUUCUUUAUCUUGCUCUCGUCCGAUCUCAUCUGUCAUAUGGUAGUGAGAUCUGGGCACCUCAAGGAUCGUCACGUGAUCUUGCGAUAAUCGAGGGUGUUCAAAGAUGAGCUAGUAAAUUUAUCCUUCAGGAUUAUGAGUUGCCAUAUCCUGAACGCCUUAAAAAGCUUAAUCUAUUACCAAUAUCCUACUGGAUGGAACUAAAGGAUCUCGUCUUCUUUAUUAAAUGUAAGCACGGUCUCUUCGACCUAGAUAUCUCCUCUUUCGUCACUUUUUCUUCAAACAGCUCGUCUCACACCCGUUCAAGUUCGGACAACUUGCUUUGUGUUAAUCAUUGCAGGACUUCUCUCUUUAGGAACUCUUUUUUCAACCGAAUUGUCUUUCUUCGGAAUAAUCUCUCUCCCACCAUUCGUAAUAGUUCAUCCGUUUCCUCCUUUAAAAACAGACUAACUGUUCAUUACUCUUCUCUACUUCAUUCAUCUUUCGAUGUAAACAGAAUGCGCACUUGGAAAACCUUCUGUUCUAAGUGCCGCUCUUUCAACUUAAGCUGUUGUUCGUAAUUCGUCAUGUUUUCUGUAAAUUUUAUAUUUGUUCUCGUCUUUGAUUUAUGUUUGUUAUAGUUUGUUUUCAUUAAGGUUGGUCUUCACAUGGGGCUAUUCAUGUCCUGUUGACCAUACCUUCAACCAUAUUAUGUAGUGGUUUAAUCUAUUUUAUGUAUGGUUGUAAAGUUAAUAAAUAAAUAAAUAAAUAAAUAAAUAAAUAGAUUACGCAGCCUCAAGGUGCAUGUAUGUUUGUGACCAUAGUGAUUAUGAACAGCUCUAUUCCCUAGAUGUCUUGAGAGUGGAGGAUCGAGGGGAUAAAAAUCAGGCAACAAUUUAUGCAGAAUUCCAAGAAGGCAUCACCGGGAAAGAGGAUGGAAGAUAUGAAGUGUUCCAUGGAUACCUGGAGCUAUAUUGUCAAACACUAAUGAAGAACCCAGUAGGAAGAGACUCCACAAUGUAAACAGGAAGUUGAAGCAGAAUCAACAGCUCAAAGAUGAAUAUCAGAAAAUUGUGCAUCAACAGUUGAAAGACGGAGUCAUUGAAAAGACCAAAGAGAGCUCGACUAGUGAACAUGUGUUCUACAUGCCACACAAACCGGUGAUUAAAGAAAAUGCUUCUACAACCAAGGUGAGAAUGGUAUUCGAUGUUAUUCAUCUAUCUCUAAGUGAUCACUCUGUCAUUUAUUGUGUUAUGAAAGGUGGAAUUCGUAAAAUGCCACCACGUAUAUAUGAAGCCUGAUCAUUUAAGAACUAUGAUAAAAGUGCUUAUAGAUCUUAAACGUUUAUAAAGAUCUUAAACAAAUUCCCUGGAGUAUUUUUGAUACAGUGUGUGAUGGUACCAAUGCUUGUGUGGACGAGGCUGUAUUCCUAUGGGAACGUUUGUUUCUUGAUGUAGCUAAUUUACACGCUCCAAUUCAGUUACGUAGAACAAAGGGACAUAAAACUCCAAGGGUUACAUCAAAACUUGUUGACGCUCGACGAGAUCUAGAUUACCAUCAUAAAAAGGCACGUCGAUCAAACUCGAAAUACCAACGAUUAAAAUCAGAAUGCUUUUGUAAUCUGAUUAAUGAAUCGCAAGGUGACGUAUCCUAAUCCUCAAAUUACGUGCCAUGGGAGCUGAUGAUUCGUCAAUCAGGUGGUUUAAAUCAUAUUUAAAUAAUCGGAAUCAGAGAACUGUUGUGGGAAAUGCGAUGCCUUCUUCUCGUUCAGUGAACAUAGGAGUCCCUCGAGGCAGCGUACUUGGUCCUCUAUUCUUCUUAAUUUACAUUAACGAUUUAGCUGAGUGUUUGCAAAACUCGAAAGCUGCAUUGUUUGCUGAUGACACCGCAAUUUAUUGUUCGGCAACUUCUGCUGCAGACCUACAGUUAGAUCUUAAUGAGGAUUUGAAGAUUGUUAGCAAGUGGAUGGAAACAAACAAGUUGACUUUGAAUGUUUCUAAAACUAAAUUAAUGGUUAUUGGAGGAAAGUAAAGAUUAUCAUGUCUAAAUUCCAUUGAACUGACAAAAAUCAACGAAGAGUUACAGGUAAACUACGUGAAGCGUUCCUCUUUUGUGUUCCUAACAUUUGGAAUUUUCAAAAUUAGAUUUGCAAAUUUGAAAAACUCUUCGCAAAUCCCUUGAGGGAAUUUGCAAUUUUCCUGUCGGCCGUUGCAAUAUUCCAACGCAAAGAAAGUUCCUUUCAAAUUUUCCUAACUUCCUGUUUUAAUUUCCUAACUUCCUGUUCUGUUCUGUCCUGAGCGUUGUCAUUGGUGGAUUAUUUUUGUUAGCCAAUUGCAACGCACAGAACAGAACAGGAAGUUGGGAACUUGUAACAGGAAGUUAAGAACUUCUAACAGGAACUGAGGAAAACUUAUUUUGCUCUUAAGAACAUUGCAAAUUCCCUUAAGGGAUUUGCAAGGGAGUUUUUCAAAUUUGCUAAGGUAAUGACGAAAAUUGCAAUCAACUUAGGAACUCAAAAGAGGAACGCUUCACGUAGUUUACCUGUAAUUGACCAAGUUGACAAAUUUAAAUAUCUUGGCAUAAUAAUUAACGAAUCGCUUGAUUGGUCUGAUCAUAUUGAUUAUGUCCAAUCCAAGGUCGCAAAGAGGCUUGGCUUGUUAAAACGUGUAAAGCAUUUGUUACCGAGACAAUCAAGAGAACUUGUCUAUAAAACUGUGAUCCAACCUGUAUUGGAAUACGGAGAUAUUGUUGAUCGAUUUAAUAAUACGUUGAUGGAAAGGCUUCAAGUAUUACAAAUCAAAGCUGCAAAAGUAAUUCUUGAUAGACCAUUAUAUUCCUUAGCUAGUGAUGCUUUUCAGACCCUUGGUUGGAAGUCUUUAUCAGAGCGUAGACGCUUUCAUAGAUCGUGCAUGGUUUUCAAAAGUUUUAAUGCUCUUAUAGAUUUUAACUGUAAUCAAAUACGUAGGUCUGAUCUUCAUCACCACAACACUAGAUCGGGAAGUGAUCUUAUCAUUCCAGUAUAUAGAACGAACUGGGGUCAAGUAGAUCAGAUUUCCUCUUUAUUGAUGAAUUCAAUAAACUACCUAAGACUCUGAUUGGGGCAGAUUCAUAUGCGCAAUUUGUCAAUCAUUAUUGGUCUCAUUCUUUUUAACAUGAACACCUAUUUUUAUCUGUAAUAUUGAACAAACUUAUAUUGAUAGACUUUAGACAUUUUUUAGACCUUAGACUUUAUUGUAUAAUUAAGUAUAAGUAUUUAUGUUGUAUAGCUUUGAGGGCUCUCAUGAAAAUCACUUUUGGUGACUGAGACCUCCUCGAUAAAGAAUGUACGGAUAAAUAAGUAAAUAAAUAAAAUAGACCCCAUCCGACGGCCGAUAGCGUCAUUGAAUGCAUGCACACUGGCCCCCCACUUCAACCACUGUUAUGGGACAUAUUAAUCAGAGCCAGAAUGUCAACCCAUCUACUACUCGCAGACUUGCAGAAGGCGUUUCUGCAGGUUGGUUUGAAGGAAGAUGAUCGAGAUGCGUUUCGGUUUCUGUUUGACAUUAAUGGUCAAGUAGAACAUUUAAGAUUUACCCGUGUGCCUUUCGGUGUGGAAGCCAGCCCAUUUAUGCUUGGUGCCACCCUGCAACACCACUUCAAUCUGCAGCCAGAAGAGUACCAAAAUACCAUUGAGUCGUUAAAAGAGAACACUUAUGUUGAUAAUCUAAUAAGACCGGAAGUGAUAUUGCAGAUCUUGAAGAUUUCAAACGCGAAGCGACAGAAAUCCUAGAAGACGCAAAGUUCCCAGUCCACGAGUGGGAGUCGAAUGUUGAAGCACUUGACAACGAGUCAAAUCCCAGCAAAAUAGUCGGACAUAAAUGGAGUAAGAGAGAAGAUACACUUGAGAUUCGAGCAGAACCUACAAAGGAAGAAACACCAGUGACAAAGAGACUCAGUAGCAUACAUGACCCUUUGGGAAUAAUAUCGCCGACCAUGGUUGAGGGAAAGCGCACCUAUAGAGAAGGGUGUGUUGAGAAAGUCGGCUGGAAUUCCGAAGUAUCUACCAGCACGUCCAAAGAUUGGAUAAAGUGGCGACAACAGUUAAGAAACGUGAAAAUCCCGGGUCUAGCAAGGGAGAUUCGAAACGUGCUCGGCGGUCUCUAUAGCAGUAAUCGAACAUUCCAGUGGAAUAAUUAA